AUGCCCGAAUCGAGUCAAAUCAAUCGAUCGACUCGUUCUUUUCGUAACAAAACCAAAAAAGUCCCAAAAAUCGAACCCGAAACUGACAUUUUCAAAGAAAACGGAGAACCUGUUUGGGUGGUUUCAAAUGAUAAUCUAAUGGAACUAAAAAGUAUGGAUGGCGUCCCGAUUUCAAAUCCAGUCCUUGCUCAAGCGAUGGCAGAGGAGGACAUCGAACUGGAUGAGAAAUCGUGGUUCGAGCAAAUUGAUCAGUAUUUGGGAUGUAACCUGCCAACGGGACCACGUUUGCCGGAAGGCUACCAAUUCGACCCAUUUGCACCGGAGGAAGCUUUGGAAGCCAACAACAAAUAUGUUGGGAAGGAGACAAUUUCGUACAAUUCGUGUCAGGCGAUUAUCGAACUCAGUGGUGACGCCAUCAAACGUUUCUCACAAAAACGUGACGGAAUGGAGGAACGGCGACCACAGCAAGCUCCGCCCACAACCACUACCACAGACACUACAGUGCCCCUGCCACCAACACAGAAUAUUUCUCAGGAGUUGUUCCAAGUGCAAGCAGUCCAAUCGACAAUCAAUUUUAAUAUGAAGGGUGUCUUCCGUGUUUUCUAUGAUGUAGGUCGUUUUUAUGGCCAAAAAUUCGGGGGGGGGGGGUACAAUGAUUCGGGGGUGAAAACUACCAAUGAUUCUGGGGUACAACCCAUUUCAAACAGGGGUACAACGCUUGUGAUUCGGGGGUACAAUUUUUUUUGA